UCAGAGCAGGACCGGGGUUCGAAAUUCUAAGAAAAACAUCAAGGAAAAAGGGUUACCAGAAACGAGGAAUUUCUUUACUUCGAUGGGAUUCUGCUCCACUCUGUAAUAGCUUCUAUUCCUCACCAAACAAACAAUUACUGAGAUCUAUCAUCAUCAUUAAUACAGGAGUGGUACGUUGAUGUUGGUGGGUUUGAGUUGGGUCUGUGCUUUCAUGGAAUGGAAGUGAACAGAAAUGGAUUUCUGGCCAGAGUAUCUAGCGACCAGUUGGGGGAAAGAGUUCGUGGCAGGAGGGUUCGGAGGAGCUGCAGGGAUAAUCUCUGGUUACCCUUUAGACACACUGAGGAUCCGUCUUCAACAACCUUCCAAUCCCAUCAGAUCUGCCACUGGCCUCCUCCGCCAGAUCGUCGCUUCUGAGGGAGCUUCCGCCCUGUACCGUGGCAUGGGAGCCCCAUUAGCCUCUGUCACUUUCCAGAAUGCCUUGGUAUUUCAAACCUACGCAGUUCUAUCCCGAGCAUUUGAUUCAUCAACCAACAACAUAGAUCCCCCUUCUUACAGAAGCGUGGCAUUAGCGGGCUUUGGAACAGGGGCCCUUCAAAGUUUUCUACUCAGCCCUGUUGAAUUAGUAAAGAUACGCCUCCAAUUACAACAAACAAGUACCGGACGAUCACCAAACCACCAUGGAAACGAUGAUCUGAGAAGUCCAGCAAGCAUGGCUAAAUACAUUUUCAGAAGCGAAGGGGUGAGAGGACUCUUUCGAGGCCUCAACAUCACUGCCCUUCGAGAUGCGCCAGCUCAUGGCUUCUACUUCUGGACCUAUGAGUACACGCGAGAGAAACUCCACCCAGGUUGUCGAAAGAGUGGUCAAGAGAGCCUCAAUACGAUGUUAGUUGCAGGAGGGCUUGCAGGGGUUUCUAGUUGGUUGUGUUGUUAUCCUUUGGAUGUUGUAAAGACCAGACUUCAGGCUCAGACGCAAUCUCCAUGGGAUCAUCCUCCACCUAAAUACCGUGGCAUCAUCGAUUGCCUAUGCAAAAGCGUCCAGGAAGAGGGAUUUCGUGUCUUGUGGAGAGGUUUGGGUACUGCAAUCGUUCGGGCUUUUGUGGUGAAUGGAGCCAUCUUUGUUGCCUAUGAGGUAUCUCUUCGAUGCUUAUUUACCAACAACAGUAACCAUGGAAGCAUUCAAGCAGAUAAGAACAGACUAUUGGAGAAACCCGUUUAAUUUCCUCCACAGAUGGAGCUAAAUUUGGAGUAUAUAGUUAUCCAAUGAUCAUUGUAAUAACAUCCUCACAGGUUCAGACACUAAAACCUACAUUUUCUUGGUGAAUGAAGCCAUCUUUGUUGGUAGGAUUGGCCAUCUAGUAAUUAAAGGUUACAAAUGGGAAUAAAACCAGAAGGGGAAACCCAUUUGGUUGGUCAAUUAUUGAGCUAUGAUUUUUCCAAAGUGAUGGAACUAUGGAAGUGUAUUAUCAAUUUCCCCAUUUAUACAAAUACAACUGUGAAAUUGUUUUGUCGCUC